UUUUGCGUGUAUUUUUGUAAACAUGAAACAAAUGUUUGUACACAUUUGGGUCAGUCUGGUCGUGUUGAUGUCCGUCUGGUCAGCACAGAGCGACAAGAAACAAGACGUGCCAGUGAUAGACGUGUUGGGUUUGGAGGAUGUGAAGCAGACCGUGGCCGCGGUGGAGAAGCUCUCAUUGGCUCUGAAGACUCUCAGUGACGUGUAUGUGAUGUCUACUUUUCGUCUUCCUCCAAAACUUGGUGGAGUUCUGCUGGGGCUCUACAACAAACAGGACAACAAGAAGUACCUGGAGGUUGCCAUCAUGAGCAAGAUUAACAAAGUUCUGGUCAGGUAUGUCCGUGAGGAUGGAAAGCUGCAUACAGUGAACAUGCAGAGCCCGAAUGUUGCGGAUGGACGUCCUCAGUCACUGAUUCUGCGUGUCGGAGGCCUGCGCCGGGAGUAUCUGAGCCUCGAGCUCUAUGUGAACUGUCGUCUGGCUGACUCCGCCCAGCGCCUGCCCCCAUUGGUGGAUUUGCCCAGAGAUGCUGAGCUGGUGGAGAUACGAAAUGGACACAAGGCAUAUGCUCGGAUGCAGGGUUCAAUGGAUACUCUUAAGCUGGCACUGGGGGGCACUGUUGCCCAGGCUGGCGCUCUCACCGACUGUCCCUUUCAGGGAGACGCUUCUUCAUACAACAUAGUGAAUGGUGAGGUUAAUUCUAUUCUAGGUGACCACACUAAAGCUCUGAUCGGCCAGCUGAUCAUCUUUAAUCAGAUCUUGGGAGAGUUGAGAGAGGACAUCAGAGAACAGGUGAAAGAAAUGUCCCUGGUAAGGAACGCUAUUCUGGAGUGCCAGAUGUGUGGGUUUCACGAGCCUCGUUCCCGCUGUCAGCCAAACCCCUGUUUCAAGGGUGUGUCCUGCAUGGAGACGUUUGAAUACCCAGGGUACCGCUGUGGGCCCUGUCCAGACGGCAUGACGGGCAACGGCACACACUGUCAGGACAUCGAUGAGUGUUCAGAGGCUCAGCCGUGUUAUACACCGGGUGCUUGUGUCAAUACUGCAAGAGGUUUUACCUGUGAGUCGUGUCCCCCUGGCAUGUGGGGUCCACCUUUGUCUGGAGUCGGUGUGGAGUAUGCUAAGAGUCACCGUCAGGAGUGCUCUGACAUCGAUGAAUGUGUAGAUUUGGCCAACGCCUGCACACCCAACUCUGUCUGCAUCAACAUUAUUGGGUCAUUUCGAUGCGGUCAGUGCAAGACUGGAUAUGUUGGCAAUCAGACAGCCGGAUGUUUCCCUCGAAAGUCAUGUUCUUCACUCAGUUUCAACCCCUGUGACACGAACGCUCACUGCGUCAUGCAACGCAACGGGGACGUGUCCUGCGCUUGUAAUGUUGGAUGGGCUGGUAAUGGUCACACCUGCGGGAAGGACACAGAUAUUGAUGGUUAUCCUGACCGCUCUCUGCCCUGCAUGGACAAUCACAAGCACUGCAGACAGGACAACUGUGUCUACACACCUAAUUCUGGUCAGGAAGAUGCGGAUAAUGAUGGAAUUGGAGAUCAGUGUGAUGAAGAUGCUGAUGGGGACGGAAUUAAGAACGUAGAGGAUAACUGUCGUUUGGUCUCCAAUAAAGACCAGCAGAACUCGGACACAGAUUCGUUCGGAGACGCGUGUGAUAACUGUCCCACCGUUCCCAACAUCGACCAGAAAGACACUGAUAGCAACGGAGAGGGAGACGCUUGUGAUGACGACAUUGAUGGAGAUGGGAUUCAGAAUGUUCUGGAUAACUGUCCUAAAGUGCCGAACCCGAUGCAGACGGACCGAGACAGAGACGGAGUGGGAGAUGCGUGUGACAGCUGUCCUGAGAUCAGCAACCCCAUGCAGACGGAUGUAGACAAUGACUUAGUCGGGGAUGUUUGUGACACCAACCAAGACACAGAUGGAGACGGACACCAGGACACUCGGGAUAAUUGUCCCGAUAUCCCAAACAGCUCUCAGCUGGACUCAGAUAAUGACGGCAUCGGAGACGACUGUGAUGAAGACGACGACAACGACGGCAUCCCGGACAAUCACGCCAUCAAUGGCAUAGGGCCCGAUAACUGCAGACUCAUAUCCAACCCCAACCAGAAAGACUCAGACAGUAAUGGAGUGGGCGAUGUAUGCGAGAAUGACUUCGACAAUGAUUCAGUGAUGGAUUUGGUUGACGUGUGUCCAGAAAGUGCUGAAGUCACACUUACAGAUUUCAGAGCCUAUCAGACGGUCAUUCUGGACCCGGAAGGUGACGCUCAGAUUGACCCCAACUGGGUGGUGCUCAAUCAGGGAAUGGAAAUAGUUCAGACCAUGAACAGUGACCCUGGACUGGCAGUGGGUUAUACAGCGUUUAACGGCGUGGACUUUGAGGGAACAUUUCACGUGAACACAGUGACCGACGAUGACUAUGCCGGCUUCAUCUUCGGCUACCAGGAUUCAUCUAGUUUCUACGUGGUGAUGUGGAAGCAGACCGAACAGACGUACUGGCAGUCCAUCCCAUUCAGAGCCAUGGCUGAACCGGGCCUGCAGCUCAAGGCAGUGAAGUCUCGUACUGGUCCUGGUGAGUUUCUUCGUAACGCUCUGUGGCAUGCUGGAGAUACUGAUGGAGAGGUGAAGCUGCUGUGGAAAGACCCACGAAACGUCGGCUGGCUGGAUAAAACAUCGUAUCGGUGGCAGCUCAGCCAUCGGCCUCAGGUCGGAUACAUCAGGGUGAAGCUGUAUGAGGGCUCAGAGAUGGUGGCAGACUCAGAUGUGGUAAUCGACACCUCUAUGAGAGGAGGUCGUCUGGGCGUCUUCUGCUUCUCUCAGGAGAACAUCAUUUGGUCCAAUCUGCGCUACCGCUGCAACGAUACCGUUCCAGAGGACUUCAGUUCACACCGUAAGCAGGUUCUGAUGCACAUAAAGGUGUGAAGAACUCCAGUCGCCCUCCGUCUCUCUACAUUUCCUAAAACCAGUGUGGAGUCCGUCUGUGUGCGGGCCAAACAACCAGACUGACCAGCGUCUGUCAAUCCAUCGUGGAGACUGAAUGAAAAGACAGAAAAGACUUUUAUUUUACAUAUUUUGUGCAUUUGAGUCAUCGUGGAGCUGUAUAAUGUGUGAGUAUAAGUGUGUGUGUGCGUGUGUGAGUGUGUGCGUGUGUGUUUGAAAUACCAUUAGUGUGUAUGCAUAAACAAUAUGUCUUGAAAUAAAGGUAUAUGAUGUAUUUUCUACAAC